UGAAAACUGUACUAACGUAAUCGUAGAAUAUUAAUUCUUGGCCAGUCUUCAGAUGGUUUUUAAACUCUUCGCGAUUCUCGGCACCUUAAAAGUUCUGAAAAAGAGGAAAGUGUAAAACGCCAACAUCGCCAUGUUCAGGGAGAAACAGGACCCCGAGAAUACAGAAAAGAUAGUCGAGGAGCGUUUCCGGUUGCUUGUUGAAGUCGGAUCGAAGACAAUGGCGGACUCUGAAUUACCGGAAAUGAAUCUACCAGCCUACUACGAUGCGGAUAAAUUCCGGCUGGGCCAGAACGUUUUUUACAACAACGUGUUCACGAUGAUGAUCGCAAAACUUUCCGGUCUUCUAUUGGUACUAUCCAUCCCAUCAAUCCUCGAUAUUCUCAUAUUCACAAAACAGAGCGGAACACCAUGCACAGCCUUUCGGCGAUAUGUUUCAACGAUUCUUCACACUUUCAUAUGGUACGAACGGGAACCGGAAAAGCAAAAGGAGUUCUUCGCCUCCUUGAAAAACGUGAGGAGGAAACACUGCAUCGCUUCCAAGCGAGCAUCCGAAGUCGGUAUAAAUCGGAUUUCCCAGCUCGACAUGGCCGUUACUCAAUUCGGGUUCAUCGGAUUCACUCUUCUCUGUGGCGACGAACUCGGCGUCGCGGCGUCUCGGGAAGACGUCGAGGGGCUUAUUCACCUCUGGCGAGUCAUCGGAAGCAUGCUGGGGAUCGAGGAGAGGUUCAACAUCUGCACGGGAUCGGUGGAAGAGACGAAGGCUCUUUGCGCUCGGAUUCUCGACGAAAUAUUUCUUCCCUGUAUCGUCGCGAAGAAACCUGAGUUUCAGGAAAUGCGGCAAAUUCUUCUCGAGGGUGUUUGGCCCAUAAGCCCGCAGAUUGAUCCCGACGCUUUUACCGCCAUUACUUAUCGGCUCGCGAUGUCCGCCACUUCCAACAACAAUCAUUCCCUCGAAGUGGAUACUUCGUCAAUGUCGUUGUACAGCAGAUUGUUGCUCGGCUUUCAAACCUGGGUGCACAAAAAUCUCCUGCAAACGUCUUUAUGGUGGUCGCCGAUAUUUCGAGGACUUCUUAACGCGCAGAUGAGACUUGCGAUAUUUCUUACCGAGCAUUGGCCUUUUCUUGCCUACCUUGUAUUCGGGAAGCAGCGAUGUCAAGUCAAUAUUUAUAAAAUGCAAAUGGAUUGACCAAGCUAACCGUAGUGUAAGGAGUACCUGGUAGAAAUUCUUACUCUGGAAAUCUGUAUAUAUACACGAUAUAUAUACAUGAAUUUUCGUCCGAA